CACUUUCUAUCUCUGCCGACUCGGGGAGCGAGCGGCUCGCGACGGAUACGGCGAUGCGCGGACCUGUAACAGGUGGCUGUCGGCGCGAGAGCGCAGACGCCCGGUGACGGGUGAGAGAGGCUUGCAGCGCGCGCGCGGAGGGACAGACAUGCGGCCGCGCUCUCUGUGACACGAGUGGCUCUCUCGAGUUCUUUUCCUUCGCCUUCUUCUUUUUUGCUCGGGAAAACGCGUGCGGAGCGGAGCGCGCGCUGGGUGCACCAUGAGGCGCGCGCUCCUGCUGCUCGGCUACGUGUGGCUCAAAGCGGCGGUCCCGCCGUGCGGCGCUGAAGGGGGCCCCGGACCCGGGUUCGUCGUGGUGUCGGGCUCUAACGGCUCUCGGGACGCAGACGGCGGCCCCACGGAGGGCCCGCACACGGAGGACCGCUGCAGGGGGUACUACGACGUGAUGGGCCAGUGGGACCCACCGUUCGUGUGCAGGACGGGCGCGUACUUGUACUGUUGCGGCACGUGCGGCUUCCGCUUCUGUUGCGCGUUCAAGAGCUCGCGCCUGGACCAGAGCACGUGCAAGAACUAUGACACGCCCCUGUGGAUGAUGACGGGCAGACCCCCGUCGAAGAAGAGCGACCCGGCGCACGACCCCACGAGGGACAAGACCAACAUGAUCGUGUACGUCGUGUGCGGCGUCGUGGCCGUCAUGGCGCUCGUGGGCAUUUUCACCAAACUGGGGCUGGAGAAGGCGCACCGCCCCCACAGGGAGAACAUGACCAGAGCUCUCGCCAGCGUCAUGCGCCAGCAGGGUCCGUGUCCGGGGGAGUCCAUGGAGCGUGAGGAGGCCCUGGGCGCCCACGUGCAGCACUACGAAAACCUGCAAGCGAGGGCCAUGGCAAACAACCUCCAGCCCACUCACAUGAACAACGUGGGCCCCACUCCAACACUUGUUCCCACCAUGGCUCAGCCUCACCACUACGCAACUCUGGGUGCAAUUCCUCACAUCUACGAACAGCCACAGCCGACCAAGGAGCUCAACAAGUACGCUUCCCUGAAGGCCGUCGCGGAAAAGGCCAACGACAAUUUUUAUGUGAACCGUCGACAUCUGACAGAGCUGACAACCAAGGGCAGUCUGCCUCUCCACCCUGUACGGCUGGAGCCCCAGCCAGGCCCAGCCUACGGCACCAUGCUUCCCGUACCCAAGCAGAAUGGCCACAAGCCACGAGUGGCACGGUCCCAGGGGCCCCAGCCUCUGCCCUAUGCCUCGCACACCAUCGCCAGUACAGCCAUGCUGAGGGGCUGGAACGGCAGUGAAAUGGUUGGCCACCGCACCCUUUAUGGGGCACCCAGGAAGCACGGCACCAUGGACCGCUUCGGCGAGCUGCAUGUCUCGCGUAGCCAGCACUACCUGUCCCCACAGCCCUACUUCGUCACCAACAGCAAGACAGAGGUGACUGUGUGAGCAUGGGCUUUACCUGCCAAUCCAGCACUGAGAUGGAAAGACAGACAGAGAGAGAGAGGGAAUAAGUCACUGAGUCAUUGAGCUGUUGAGUUUUUCCAGUAGAGGCAAGUUCAGUAAGUUGGUUCUGAAACAUGGUCCCCAGCUGUAAGUCUCAUGGGGGAGAGAUGGCGAGUCUUUUUCGCACGUCUGACUGUGCGUGCUUGGUGUACAUGCACCCCAAGGGGAGGAAGAACACGAAAUAAAGUAAUAAAAGAAGCCUAUGCUGUUUAUCGAGGCUGCCAUCGUUGCAUAAUUAAAUUCUGUAACAGUAGCUAAGCCUAACGACAAAACGAAGAGGAACAACGAAAUGGGUUAAAACCAGCUCCCUUGGAUGGACACACUGAAAGGCAGAUGUAACACAUUCCAUGGAGGCAUGGCGAAAGUGGACUUCAGAGAUGCAAAAACCUGACACAACAGGGCUGAGGAUAAGUUCUUAUUUCAUCCAAACACUCAGUUCUUUCUGAUUUUUCAACUGGAUACAUGGAGACAUAUGGGCAAUUAGGCUGUUUGUAAAGGAAGCUCAGCGAUGAAACCUUCAGCUGUGGAGAAAACAAAGCCUUCUAAUGAAGCAUUAAUGUCUAGAGGUAGCAGUCCUUGUACCAGUACCUUUGGUGUGUGAAACACACAAGGCUCAAUCUUUGCGGACUGGGUGGUGUGGUGUGAUGCUUGGUGGAUCUGCAGCCCUCAAAAACUAGGAGAUUUGAACACACCACUACCGCAUCUCUACGGUUCUCGUUGACAGCCCUCUGGGUUUUUGGAAUCUGGGCUUUCAACCUCAUUCUGCUUUCGAACAAACUGCUCCUGAGAGGGCUGACCUCACAGAAACACAGAGGGCAGUGUUGUUAGAAAAGAAGGAAGGACCGCACUUUGUGGACAUUCCCUCUGUUGUCCAUAGGGCUUUGGACUCUUUCUUUCCAUUCGACAUCAUGUUUGUUUUGCAUUCAGUCGAUCCGAGUACUACAGCGAGACAAUGCAGGCAGGAUGACAUCGAUCUUCCCCAAAUUUCACCUGUCAUAUCAGACAGGUUCUUCCAGUCACUUCCCAGAUAGCUGCCCCAAAGUAAGACCUUGAUGUUUAGUACAAGUAGGGAGAAGACUGCCUUUGUAGACAAAGGUACAAUUAGGAGCUAAUGUAACAAGGAAAUAGAAUAGAUAAAUUCACAGGCUAGCGAUGUCCGUCCUACAUUUCAUCAGUGCUAAAAAGGCUCAUGAAGACAUAUGUCACAGUGGACACAAUGGCUAGUGCAUUGGUCAGAUUGGUUAUAAAUGAAAGAUUUACACCUUUGGUCUAAGAUUUGCUGUGCUUUUUGAAUGCUACUGUACGUAUGCAAUUUAUAUGUCGUGCCAAGCUAUGUUUUUUCCUAAAACAGGUUCAUAUUUUUUUUAAGAUGUUGACCAUGAUAAUGGCAAUGAAACCACUGAACUCCUGAAGCUGGACUGACACCAGGUUCCUGAUUUUUCCACCC